ACUACUGUCAAACAAUUGUCACAAAUUAAAGAAAUCAAUAGAAGGCAAAAUAAUAGCGAGUCGCGAGUUCAAUAACAAAGUAAAAUAACGAACUAGCUUUAUUAUAAAACGUGUUAAAUAUUUUUAUCAUUUAGUUACAAAUAAACGCGUUUAUUGUACUCAAAUAAAACAAGUUUUUGCGAUUCGCGUUUACUUUAAGGCGUCGGAAUGGCGCCUCAUAGGCAACCUAGUAGUCUUUUUCAGAUGUGUAUUGAAAGUUCUAUUAGUCUUAUAAAUGUAGCUUGUCAGUCUAUUGAAAAACAAUAUCCUGAACCUAAAUUUCGCCAUUGCGAACAAGAGGUGUAUGAGUUAAAAUGCCAAUUAAUGACGCUGCUUCCAGCCAGGUUAUUUGAUGUCCUCUGUUCAAAAAGAACAUGCCGCCUGUAUCGCGGUGAUCCUCGCAUUCAGCUACAUGCACUGACGCACCCCAACCUGACAUACUUCCGCAAAUGCGAAACAGAUAACGCUAUAUCUCAGUCUUUCUGGAUCUCUACACUCUCCACCUUCAAGCGCUUAGUCGUUCUCGAUCUCAGAUUUAUUUGCACUGACGAAAUUCUCGAAGUCAUUAGCCAGAAUUGCCCCUUACUCGAAGAUAUUAACAUUGUCUCUAAAGUCGACGUUUGCAAGUCCCUCUUCAAUGCCUCUGUACUAAUUAGGAAUGUCUCCGAUGCUGGUCUUUGUUUUGUCACUAAUUUGAAACAUUUAAGGAUACUCUCAAUGGACCCUCCGAGGAAUGAACGAGCGAAUCGUAUAGGCCGGUGUGUGUCUCAAGCUGGUAUCAUCAUGUGUAUCAGCAAACUGCCGUACUUGGAGGAGCUACGGAUUGAGUCCUGCGAUAUUGGGUCUACUUUAAUUAGUAGUACUAUAGACAUAGGGCCGUUGAGUCUUCGCAAAAUAAACUGCCACUUUGCUUCAGCUGACGGUAUUAGGAAAUUACUGAAAAUAUGUCCGUUUCUCAGAGAAUUGUCAAUAACGCAUUUAUCGGAAUUUAGCAAAGAUCUAAUUUUAGAACAGAUCUGUAUGAGUGAAGCAAGGUUGUAUAGGCUAGAUCUUUCUUUCUUUUCCUACACGGAAUCGAUGCAGCAGCUUUUUUCGGUCAAAGGAAGCUACCUCACACACUUCUCCCUGUGGGAAAUUGACCAUUCUAUGACUUUAGAUGCAAUCAUAUGUCUAGGAAGGUGUUGUCCUAACUUGAACACGCUCUGUUUGAUGACUCAGUCAAAUAGUUUGGUCAUACCUAAAUAUUUUCAGCGGCCAGGAAAAAUAUUCUCAGAACUCAGGAAUCUAACAAUAGGUAAUGACCAUUUUUGUAUGCAUGACAUUUUGACAUUUUUCUUAGAGUGUACAUAUAACAUGCAAAAGUUAGUUUUGAAGUAUCAAAGACAGACUAGGAUAGAUGAAACAUUAUUGCAUUUAUUAGAGAAAGGACAUUUGAGAAACUUAAAUUCUUUGUGGUUGGAUUGCACAUUCGUGGUAUCGAAGAAUGUGGUAAAAAAGAUAAUCCAAAUGUGUGAUAAGCUUCAAGUGUUCACAGUUGACAUUGUAGUGGAAAUGAUGGAAAUAAUUCAAUAUAUUAAAGACAACAAUUUGGAUUUGAGAUUUGGUACAUAUUAGCAAUGUAUUUAUUGUAAUUUAUUUAAAUU